AUGUCAAAUAAAGAACAACUAUUCGUCAUCACCUCGAAUAAAUCAGACAUUAAAUUGUCUCUAGAUUAUGAGUACGAACUCGAUCGCAAUCAAGAAUAUGAAUUGGGAUUAAAGUAUUUCUCUGUUUACAAUUCCAUUAGAAAUAUCAACGAAAAAAAUAAUCAAAUAAAAAUAUCAACAGAUAAUGGAGUUACAUUCAAAACCAUACGUUUACUACCAGGAAGCUACGAAUACAUAGCCAUUAACGAAUACUUAUCUGAAUAUGCAGGAAGCGUCAAUGGUAAAAACAAUAUCGAAUUCGAAGAAAUAUUUCCUAAUAACCCAAUGCUCAUGUGUAUAUGCGGUAGUUCCGGUUCUGGGAAAACUCAUCUCACUUUUAACAUGUUGACAACAACAAACCUUUUAGAUUUCGAUUCUUUGUAUAUCUACACAACAGCACCAGAGCAGUCGUAUUAUCAAUUUCUUAAAACUUUAGAAUAUCUACCAAAGAGAGAUGUUCAAGACUUAUUUCAAUAUUACAAAGAAAACGAAGAAAAAGUGGAAUUGAAAGAUUUCAUAGAUAACUACAUCGAAGGAAUGAAACCAACGGAUAUAAAAGUUUUUCUUACGAAAAAUGUUAAUGAUCUAGAUUUGUCUCAAAUUGAUAGCGAGCGAAAGAACUUAAUAUUGUUUGACGACUGUGUAGCGCAAAGAAAUCAAACUGUUCAACAAGAAUUCUUCACUAAAGGAAGACAUCACAACUGUCACUGCAUAUACCAAUCCCAAUCUUUUUACGGGAUGGAUUCUAUGUUCAUUAGAAAAUAUGCAAAUUGUUUUUUAUUAUUUGAAUUAAACGACAAAGAUUUAUCUCAAAUCAUUCAAUCGAUAAAUCACGGAAUGGACAAAGAUGCAUUUAAAAAGGUUUGUAAAGCUCAAUUGAGAAAUCCAGAUGAUCAUGGAUAUGUAUUUGUAAAUACUAGAAAACCUACGGGUGAAAGAGUUAUGACAGAUAUAUGUUAA